UUUUCUGAGACCUGCACGCAGUCGCUUCACUCGAGUGCAAAGAGUUUGCUGUUGUAUGGCUGUCCUUUGUCUUUCCAUGUUAUCAAAUGCCAUGUAUUAUCAGCGAACAUCUGCAAAACCGUCUUCUGGCGGCUUUAAAUUUGGGCCUUUAUCUCUGAGUCCCGAGCAGGUUGCUGUAGGUAUUGUUACCAAUUUUCUCAUCUUUCCACCUACAUUUGUCAUGAUAUUUUUCUUCCGCAAAUCAAGACCAAGAAACUUGCGGCCUUCUCGAAUUGAGGAGGCUCUUAAGGCACAAAGAAAUGAAUGGCGAAAGAAAAAUCCUACUGUACCAUCUGAAAUUAAUAGGAAAAAACGUAAUAGUAAAAAUGACACAGAAGCACAGCUAUAUCAUAGAAAGAAAAAGUUUUCCUUGCCUUGGUGGUGUGUGUAUUUUGGCUGGCUGCUUGCUAUAGCUUCUAUAGGAGCUUCCCUUUUUUUCAUGUGGGCAUAUGGCAUUGAAUUUGGAGAUGAAAAAACAUCAAAAUGGCUAACAUCAUUGAUAGUAGCAUUUUUUUCUUCUGUCCUUAUUACCCAACCCAUAAAGAGUGAAGGGUUAGGAAUUCAAAAUAUACAAUGUAAAUUGAUUCCAUCACAUUCUAAAUGA